UAAAUCAUUGAUGACGAGUUUAGGAAUAUUGGAAUCUUAAUAUCAAUAUCGCUUAUAUAUUUGACUAUCUAAGUCAAAAAAAUUGUGUUGAUAGCCGCUCAGGUUCUAGGGUUUUCCGUUUCUUCAUCGAGAUCAAUGGAGAAGAAGUUUGAUAAGAAGUUCACUUGGAUGAUCAAAGAUUUCUCUUCUUUGAAAUCGGUGAAUAUAUUGUCAGAUAUUUUCGUCGUCCGUGGCUGCAAAUGGCAACUUAAUGCAUAUCCUAAAGGAAACAAGGGUCAUAACUUUUUGUCUUUGUUUCUGGAAGUCGCCGGUUAUGAAUCCUUGCCAUCUGGAUGGAGAAGACACGUACGAUUUCGCCUCAUUGUUGUAAAUCAACGUUCGGAGACCCUCUCCCGGCAAAAUGAAGGACAAAACUGGUUUGAAGAGAAGGCUAACGGCUGGGGUUUUGCAUCCAUGCUUUCUCUUGAUGAAAUUAAUGCCAAAGAUAGUGGGUUCCUGGUGAAUGGGGAGCUCAAGAUUGUUGCCGAGAUAGAACUUCUUGAAGUUAUUGGCAAAGUAGAUGUUAAUGGGUUUCACCUUCUUUCUUCACAGGUGGAAUCUGUGAGCCGUAUGUUUGAAAAGCAUCCAGAAACUGCUACUGAAGUCCAUCUAAAGAACCCAAAUCUUAGGACAGGUUACAUGAGUUUGCUACUCAGUCUGAUAGAUACUCUGUGCCAGUCGCCUCACAAGCUCCCCAAGGAUGAUCUGGAUGAGGCGUAUUAUGCACUAGAAUCCUUGACUGAUGCUGGUUUUAAGUUGGAUUGGUUGGAGAAAAAAAUUUCUCAUGUGUUAGAAAGGAAGGAGAAAGAGAAAGACGGUGAGAUGUAAGCUCAAGAAAAGAGCUGUGAUCGUGAAGAAGAGAGGAAGACUGUGUCACACAUGUGAUCGAUGUGUGACACAAUGGAAAGAGUCGGUUAUGGAAACUAUGACGUGGCAUAACGUGGUUAUCAAGUAAAGAAGAUAUGGAAGAUUAGAUUGCAUCGAGAUAUUAGGAAAUAUAGUAUAUUCGAUGAGGGCUACUUAACUAGAUUAUCUAGGGCAGAUCUAGGUUAAGUACGCUAAUUGGAAAAAGCUUGAGCAAGGGUUUGUCUUGUCAAGUAAAGAGGUGAUCGAGUU